AUGAACCGAAGUGCCUGGCACAUAGGUUUAGAGACUCUUGGGUCUGAGAAGUGGGGUAGACGUAGUGUGGAUUCAGCAGUGACAUGUGACAAGAUGUAUCAUAGUAUCCUGAACGCCGCCUUGGACCUCCUGGGAGGCGAGGACGGGCUCUGCCAGUAUAAGUGCAACGACGGAUCUAAGCCUCUCCCACGUUAUGGUUUUAAACCCUCCCCACCAAAUGGAUGUGGCUCUCCACUGUUUGGUGUCCAUCUUAACAUUGGCAUCCCUUCCCUAACAAAGUGCUGCAACCAACACGACAGAUGCUAUGAGACCUGUGGUAAAAGCAAGAAUGACUGUGAUGAGGAGUUUCAGCAUUGCCUCUCCAAGAUCUGCCGAGAUGUGCAGAAAACACUAGGACUGACUCAGCACGUUCAGGCGUGUGAAACAACGGUGGAGCUCUUGUUUGACAGUGUUAUACAUUUAGGCUGUAAACCAUACCUGGACAGCCAACGAGCUGCAUGCUGGUGUCGCUAUGAAGAAAAGACUGAUCUUUAAAGAAGAUGCUGACAGCUGGUGACAGAUGAGGACAGAACAUAACCUUUGACAAAGAACUAAUGCUUGUACAACAUAAUGUUGUCUUAUUUUUGUGAAAGGAUUAUUUUAAGACCUUACAAGACUUUAUAUUUUGAUGUUAAAACCUCAAAGUAAAAAGCAGAGUGGGAGAGACAGUGAGGCGAGCGUGCCUGCCUUGCCGGGAAUCCUGCGCGGCGCCGCCUCAGUGUGCCGGGUUAUCUUGACCAAAUCUCAAAAACAGGUGCUUGUUAAAGGGAGAAAUUUUAAAGAGAAGAGUAUGUAACUCAGUUUUCACAACCAUAUUUACCGAAAAAGAGAUCAAAUAUAAAAUACACUAUAAGGUCUGUUCAACAUUAUCUUAUUUGGAAAUAUAGGAAAAUCUUCACUUAGAAGUAUUGUUUGUUUACUGUGAACUUUUAAGUACACGUUUAUGCCUGGAAGGAUCUGACUUGAUUUUUUCCUCACAUAAUAUGUUGUUUCUCUUUAGCCAGUUGAGCAUAUGAAUGUCACACUUCUAUUAGGAUUAGUUAUAAGGACAAGAUUUCCAUGUCUGUUUCGCUUGUAAAAUCGGAACCAUCAGCUGGCAACCUCUUAGGGAGUAAGCCCAGGAGAUCUAAGUAUUAUGUAAUAUGCCUACAAGGUGACGUGAACAAGAUUCAGAAGCACAGCCAACUCCCAUUUUAUGAUCCACUCAUAUGACAAAUGUCAUCUUUUGUUACAAUCUUUGCCUAAAUUGGAGAAAACAAUAUCAUUAGACAAGUGAAAAGGUGUUUAACAUAACUCAUCUGAGCACUAUAUGCUGUUAUGCUUUGAUGUUUAAAUUCCCCAGCACUGGUUCCUCCCCAUUGUAGAGUCUGGGAUAUUUUUAAAGGACUAUAACCAUUUACCAAUUGUGGCCUUAAUAAAAAUUGUUCUUGGUAUUGUU